UCACGCGACUAAGCAUUAGUUGUCAACAAUAAAGAAUGAUGACCGUGCAUUUUCUACCCGCAGGAUGCGCCGGUGUACUUGUCGGUUAUCCAUUCGAUACGGUCAAGGUUCAUCUACAAACCCAGGACUAUCGGAAUCCGCUGUACAAAGGAACACUAGAUUGUUUUCGCAAGAUCAUAGCCAAGGAGACUGUUCGUGGAUUAUACCGUGGGAUGUCAAGCCCAAUGGCCGGCGUGGCCGUUGUCAAUGCUAUUGUCUUCGGAGUCUACGGGAACGUGCAAAGAAGAACUUCCGAUCCGGACUCGUUGUAUUCACACUUCCUAGCCGGAAGUGCAGCCGGGUUAGCACAAAGCUUCAUUUGCUCGCCGAUGGAACUUGUAAAAACAAGACUGCAACUACAGGAUAACCUUCCGAAGGGAGCAUUCAGGUUUAACGGUCCAAUUGAUUGUCUGAGACAUAUCCACAAGAAGGGUGGAUUUCGUGGGGUGUUUCGAGGGUUAGGAAUCACGGCAGCCAGAGAUAUGCCCGGGUUUUCUAGUUAUUUCGUGUCCUAUGAGCUCAUGGUCCGAACGACAAAUGAUCCUUCACCCUUUUGCAUUCUGAUGGCCGGUGGUUUGGCCGGCACUAUUUCAUGGCUGUUUUCGUUCCCCAUUGACGUGGUUAAAUCAAGACUGCAAGCUGAUGGAAUGUGUGGAACACCACAGUACCGGGGUAUUGCAGACUGUCUCCGAAAAAGCUACGCCGAAGAAGGUCUAGCGUUCCUUUCGCGAGGUUUAGCAUCAACACUUCUCCGAGCGUUUCCCAUGAAUGCCGUUUGCUUUCUGGUAGUUUCCUUCGUUAUGAAAAAUUUUGACCAACGACACAUUGAUUUGGAUUUAAGUCAUAAAGAGCCCUUGCUUAUGGUACAACAACCAGCCGGAGCAGUAAAGGUAACCGUUAAUAAACGUCACCAUGAACUUCAUGACAAUCACAUUCAAAGUAUCAAGCAAAACACGUUUCGAUUCCUUACCUUCCUGGGGGCAUUCAGUGAAGCAGUCUGCUGUGCGGAAAUGGACGAACUUGCUCACGAUCUAUACCUUAACGAGGACAGUGGAUAUUAUUACUCAAAGCUGAAUGAAUACCUGCUAAAUACUGAUCAGGAGUACUGCAAACGUUUUGUUUUUGUAGAUUAGGCCGACGCGAAACUUUUUUUCUCUUGUUUUGACCCAAAGUUUGUCUCUGGGGUUAGGUAUUUAACAGAAGAAUGUGACACUUUCCAGUGGAAAGACAGAGGGCAGAAUUAGAGAAAAUAAUUUACGACAGCCAGGAUAGAGGUAAUUUGUUAAACACUAAUGCACUUAAUCAAACCACUCGAGCUGAAACUGUAUUGUUGAUAUAAUAUAUAAGUUUUAUUUAA